UGUAGGAGCGAGGUAGCUGAGGAGAACCUCUAAAAAAUCUCACACUCUCUCUCUCUCUCUCUCUCUUCAUUUUCUUUCCAUUUCGUGACUCGUCACUCCUGAAAUUGAAUAAAUCCCAGAAAAAAGGAAGGAGAAUUCCAUUAUUUCGAGCAGGGAACCUUCGAGAGGAAGAUUCCUCUGUAUUUCUUCUUCUUCGCCAUGGCUACGAGAAGGCGGACCUUGCUUAAGGUCAUUGUUCUUGGAGACAGUGGGGUGGGGAAGACAUCUUUAAUGAAUCAAUACGUACAUAAGAAGUUCAGUCAACAGUAUAAAGCUACAAUUGGUGCUGAUUUUGUCACGAAAGAGCUUCAGAUAGACGACAGACUUGUCACGCUGCAAGUUUGGGACACAGCAGGCCAGGAGAGAUUUCAAAGUCUUGGUGUUGCUUUUUACAGAGGUGCGGAUUGCUGCGUUCUAGUUUAUGACGUCAAUGUUCUGAAAUCGUUUGAUACCCUGGACAAUUGGCAUGAGGAGUUUCUCAAACAGGCGAACCCAUCCGACCCCAAAACAUUUCCAUUUAUAUUACUUGGGAACAAGAUUGACAUAGAUGGUGGAAAUAGUCGAGUGGUUUCGGAGAAGAAAGCAAAGGACUGGUGUGCUUCCAAGGGAAACAUACCUUACUUUGAGACCUCAGCAAAGGAGGAUAUCAAUGUCGAUGCUGCAUUUCUGUGUGUUGCAAAAACUGCAUUAGCAACUGAGCGUGAACAUGACAUGUAAGUGUACAUUUCUUAUUUGUUACUC